AGCAAAAGGGGAGCAAAAGUGUGGCAAACAAUAUGUGAACGUAAUUAUUGUGUGAAAGUGAGUGAAAACGUGUGAACAGUGUUUGAGUCGUUUGUUUCAUAUUGUGGUCAAAAUGGCUGAACACAUGUCGGGAGGAAUGAGCCGAAGAGCCAAACAGGAGUUACCCGAAGACUUGUCUAAUGUUGAGUUCGAGACGAGUGAAGACGUGGAAGUGAUCCCCAGUUUUGAUUCGCUGGCACUCAGGGAAGACCUGUUGCGAGGCAUCUAUGCUUACGGCUUUGAGAAGCCGUCGGCGAUACAGCAGCGGGCGAUUCGGCCCAUAAUAAAGGGCAGGGAUGUGAUAGCGCAGGCGCAGUCCGGAACGGGCAAAACGGCCACAUUUGCCAUCGGAAUACUGCAGACAAUAGACACACAAAUCCGCGAAACGCAAGUACUUGUGUUGAGUCCGACCCGAGAGCUGGCCGUCCAGAUCCAGAAAGUGGUGCUGGCAUUGGGUGACUACAUGAACGUGAUGUGUCACUCCUGUAUCGGUGGCACCAAUUUGGGCGAAGACAUCCGCAAACUAGACUUUGGACAACACGUGGUGUCCGGAACUCCCGGCCGUGUGUUUGAUAUGAUUCGGCGCCGGAAUCUGAGGACCAGAUCUAUAAAGAUGUUGGUUAUGGACGAAGCGGACGAAAUGCUCAACAAAGGCUUCAAAGAGCAGAUAUACGAUGUGUACCGAUAUCUGCCGCCCUAUACACAGGUGUGCCUCUUGUCGGCCACACUUCCCCACGAAAUCCUUGAGAUGACCUCUAAGUUCAUGACAGAUCCCAUCAGAAUUCUGGUCAAGAGAGACGAGUUGACACUCGAAGGUAUUAAACAGUUCUUCGUAGCGGUCGAGAGGGAAGAGUGGAAAUUUGACACUCUUUGCGAUCUGUACGACACCCUAACCAUCACUCAAGCGGUCAUUUUCUGCAAUACUAAACGCAAAGUGGAUUGGCUUACGGAGAAGAUGAGAGAAUCCAAUUUCACGGUCUCUUCAAUGCACGGCGAUAUGCCUCAGAAGGAAAGGGACACUAUUAUGAAGGAAUUCAGAUCCGGACAGAGUCGAGUCCUCAUCACAACCGAUGUGUGGGCGCGAGGUAUUGAUGUACAACAGGUCUCACUCGUCAUUAACUAUGAUUUACCCAACAAUCGUGAGCUCUAUAUUCAUCGAAUCGGACGGUCGGGUCGUUUUGGACGUAAAGGCGUUGCCAUUAAUUUUGUAAAGAAUGACGACAUCAGGAUCUUAAGGGAUAUCGAGCAGUACUACAGCACACAAAUCGAUGAAAUGCCGAUGAAUGUGGCGGAUCUCAUAUAAUCACAAACACUUAUACAUAUAAAUAA